AAUAAAGAUCAGCACAACUUCUUCCGGGUUAUUGAAUUUCGUCAACAUCUCAAUCGAUUUGACGAAGAGACACUAAAACAGAGUUGAGUUUACACUUAUUAACAGUUAACCUGACUAUAAAUAAGAUGCUCGGGCGAGAUGAUGGUCGUCCUCUCGUACAAGCUCCAAUGGAUUCUCCAUUAAACUCUGUGAGUAUCCAUUUGUUUAUUAGUUCUUUGUAGGACAAACUCACUAGAACUAGAAUUAUGAAUUAGCAAGUAGUGGUCAUAAGAUUAUGAUGAUCAUGACAUUUUUGAUAAGUCAUUGAGUUAGAGGCUACAAGUUAUAAGUUAAGUGAGUCUAGUCCUCGUAACAGACCCGCACCUGGGGGGUGGGGGCAACCAUGGCACUUGUCAGGGGCCAGAGUUAGAUAAGGGCCCGCCCUUUUUUGAGUUAUAAAAUUAAAAUAUAAUAUACGCCCCACAUGUUUGAAACACGAAAGGUACCAGAACUCUGUCAGCUGCUUGGGGCCCAGAAUUUCCUAGGUGCAGGCCUGCUAUUAAUACUAGUAAUUUAAAUAGUAAUUAAUAAUACUAACUAUGAAUUACAUUUCUGUGCUUCAAAGUCACUAAAGCGCCAUGCGAACACGGCACGAAGGAAGCUAAGUUUUUCAGUAAAGUGUGCAUUGGGAAACACCAUAGCAUGACUUGGAUACAAUUGUACGCCGGUCAAAUGGGCUUUGCCCAGGCAAGGUUUUGGACCAUUUUCAUUUGGAGUUUGAGGAGGUCUAUGGGGAAGUCUGGAUGGGGUUAAAACAAUAGUUUACCUGACUGGGUGACAGUUGUGACUCCAGCCGAUGAGUGGCCAGUGACGUCAGGGAGGAUAAGAUAAAAUAGGAGCCGAGGCCUAAAUGAAGAGUGUGAGAUGUAACUUUUGGGCCGAACACUGGAUUUAGCCAACGUAGGAUGAGGAGAGGGGGAAUCCUCCCCAAAUUCUUCCCCCCCCUCCUCCCCAAAUUCUCCCCCCCCCCCACUUUAAAUACUAAAAUAAGACACAAAGUAAUAUUCUUUGGAAGGAAGAACCCUCCCCAUAACCCCUCCCCCACUUAUCAAGCCCUUUCUGGGGAAUCCCCCCCAAAUUCUUCCCCCCCCCCCUCCCCAAAUUCCCCCCCCCCCCCACUUUAAAUACUAAAAUAAGACACAAAGUAAUAUUCUUUGGAAGGAAGAACCCUCCCCAUAACCCCUCCCCCACUUAUCAAGCCCUUUCCCUGCUAAGUGGUGAAACAUAUCAAAACAGUUUUCUGACAUCCAACUUUUCCACGCCUUCAGCUUCCAUUUAUGACCAUCUAUCUUGUCAGUCAUUGUGAAGCACAAGUCCAUCAUUUUGCAUGGAUGUACUGAGCUAAAUUAAGCUGGCAACCAUAUCUGCCAAGUAAGUUAUAAGAAACAUGCAUAUUGACACCCGACAAUCACAGUAUAAUUUCUGGGGGAAACUCAAGAUCCACAACCAAUAGGCAUUUUCUACAAUCAACCCAUUAACUAUCUCGCAUAUACGGAAAAGUAUUAAAGACAUAUCAAUAUCUUUUAUUGAAUUAGAAUUAGAAGACACAUCACUACAAGUAGAGGUGGAAGUUUAAAAAUAAAUCAAGUAAGUCAAUUAAAAUACAUAGGAUCCUUAAUAAAUGAAAGAAAUGACUUACUGACAAAAAAUAAAAGAAAGAAUAUUGGCCGGAAACAGGGCAAACGUCAGUAGUCACAAAAUACUCAAAAGUAAAAUGUUAUGUGGAACGAUAACAUAAGGCUCUCGAACCAGCACUGGUCCAUGGACCAACGUUCCUGCUUUAUCAACACUGAUCAUAUUAAAUUCUUAAGUUACAACUGAAGCAGAUAAUAUUUGAAUCAUUGAGGUUUUAAAAAAGUGAAAUUCUCUACAUACUUUAAAUUUAUGUGUUUUUAAAUGUUAUAUUUUAUGUAUUUGAAACAAAAAUAUUUCAGAACUGUGUCUUCUUUUUUUAACAGGCUCACGCAUUUAGCAGAAAAGCAGAUGCACUAACUAAAAGAGCAAAAUAUGAAGAUGCUAUAGCUUGUCACAGGAAAGCUGCUGGUAUUUUAAUCCUUUUUAUUUGUGUGGCCAUUUAAAAUAUUUUAUCCUAUAAAGACUACCUUUCUCUAGUCAGAUAAGAUCUUUAAAUUUAAAGCAGUGGUUACCAGCAUGUGCUAGGCAUACGCCCAGGGGUACAUGGUGGAAAUUAUAUUGAAAAUGGUGGAAAACAGCACACAAAAAAAAGUAACUUUACACCUAUUGAUUUACUGUAUGAAGCUGUAUGUCGAUACUUAGCUAUAUAUGAACAACACAUUUUUUUAAUGAAAGUAAUAAUGAGAACUCAAUAUUGUUGUAUUAAAGUCCGAUGUUGAUAGUUUUUUUGUUGUUUUUUUGCCUCUUUUAUUUUUAUGGCCAAACUUAUUAUUUUAAAGUCAAUGACUAAUUAUUGUACUUCCAUUAAAAGUUAGUGCAUUUUAUAAUACUACCUGUAGUCUAAUUUUUAUUUGAAGCUGAAAUAAUUUGUAAAAUAGAAAAUGAAAGCCUGUGAAUGUCAACAGCUUUAUCUGCCUCAUUUGAUUAUUUAGCUAAUCUAUUCAUUUAUUUUAUUUUUAUGAAUAUGGGGGGGGGGGGGGGAGACUUUAAAUGAGAGGUUAAAUCAAGGGCUACAGGAGGAAAAAAGAUUGGUAACCACUUGCAGUAUAAAGAUUCUGGUUGAUAUAGCUAUAAUAUCUUUUUUCAUCAACAUAAGUUUUACUUUUUAAAAAAUGGUCUUCACUAUUAAUUAUUAUUAGUGGUGAAAUAUUAGGUACAGGGUGUAAAGGUACAAAUAGAUGCUACAGUGGCUGAACUCUGUAUUGUUAGUAAUACACAAGAAAUGCUUAAAAUGGUAAACCAGCUAUCAAAGUACUUUUGUUCCAACUGUAAAUUUCAUUAAAAAGACCUACAGGCCUAGAUAUUAAAUUUCAUUGGAGUCAUAAAAUAAUAUUUUCUUUCGUAACCUCUCUCAUUAAGAUUUGCUCAAUAUGAAAAUAGAAUAAGAUAUUUGGCUGCAAAAAUGGGCCUUUCAAAACAAAAAAAAUCAAUAAUACAUUGUUAUCAUUACCUUAUUUAAAACUACACUACUUAAAUUAUCUAGCGAACAAAACAUUUCAUUUGGGUGGGGGGGGGGGGGGGGUGUUGUUAUAGACCUUUUUUUAAAAUGAAAUAAAUUUGUAUUUUCACCCUUUGGAAUAAAAAAAACCCCCCCCCCCACACACACACAAUUUGCAAUUUAUACUGUAAUUAAAAUGUGGUUUAUAAUUUUGCAUAUGUAAGAUUUCAAGUUCUCAUUUAUUUUAACAUGGUAUUGUGACUAUUUGAACAAUAUUUUUUUUGUAUUUUGAAUUAUUCUAAUUUAAUCUGAAAUUUCAAAGACUAAAAAUGUGUUGCUGUUUUAUUUGUUUACUUUAUUUUUCAGAAUGCCUUCUCCAAGCCAUGAGUACUGCUACUUCUUCUACUCUCUUAGAAUCAAUGUCACUUCAACAUAAGGCAUAUUUAAGCCAAAUUGAUAAGUUGCAUGCUAAGAACGAACUUGUUGAAUUUAUGAAUGGAAAUGGCAAAGCAAAAGCCACAGUCAGUCGAUCAACACAAAGUGAUGGACUUCAUAACAUUGACACAACUAAGCAAGUUACUUGGGAUGAAGACACAAUAUAUCAGACGUUGCGUGAAAAUGAAGACAUGAUGAACCGUCUUUUCCAAAGAAACUCAGAAAAAUUAGACGGCUGUCUAAGUUCCAAUGCAGAUAGACAAUCAUACACCUCUUCAGGAGACCCUGAAAACUCAUGUGAUUAUGAUAAAAUUCUUCAAGCCCUAAAAAAUAAAACAGACCUGAACGCGCACAGUUGCGAUUCUGUUAGUGAACUGAUCCAAAUUAACAACAAGCUAAGCAAAGCAGUUUGCAGUUUGUUGCAAGAGCUUGGGUCCACUAAAGCCGAAAAAAAGCAAAUGGAGGAGAAACUAGGGGAAAGUCAGGAAAUACUGAAGCAGGGAUCCGAGGGUCUUAAGUUUUCAAGCCUUGAUCUUCCUCCAUUAGAAGUCUCUUAUCCUGAAUUAGCUCAUACACUAAACUCAUGAAAUUCACCCUGAAACUAAUUUUACAUUGUUAUUUUCUAAACAUUUGAUUACAGUUUGCUUGACAUGGGUUUCUUUAUAUCAUAAAGAGCUCAGAUCCAUUAUACAGCUUAGUCUCAACAAAUAUACCAAUAUGAUUUAAAAUCCCUUGUGUAAUUACUUUAUUUUAAUUAUGUUGGGAGUAUAUUUCAUAACUGUGUAAAACAAGUCUGGAAUUUAGUUGAAAAUUACAGAACCUUUUUUUUUUUUAAUAUGCUCAUUAACAAUUUUUUUUAAAUUUCUUUUUGUGUGUGGGAUCUUCAUAAAUCCAAAUAGGGCACAAUUAAAACUCUGCAUCAAGAAUUUCAACUAAAUGAUGUACUAUUUGUAAAUAUGUGUUACAUCAUACAGCAUUUGUUACCAGUACUUCAAUAUUAGUAAAUUAAAAUAGCUUCUCAUUAAGAUUAUUUUAUUGAACCAAACAAAUGAACUUUCAUUUUCUUACAUUGUAAAUAUUUAUUUUCAGCAUUUUAAAUACAAACACAGACAUUAAAAAACAUUCUGAUUUAACCAGGAAAAUUUUUUGCCUAAAAACUCUUUAACUAGAUUUUCAAACACAAUAACCAGUCAUCCUGUUGUUGCACACCUCUCUCAUGCCCAUAUUGACAUGAAAUCAUGAUAGAUAAUGUUGUCCAAAAUUGAUUGACAAGUGCUGCCUUGUGAUAAAACAGUUUUCAGUUCCAACUCAUUUGCAAACUGCUAAUUAUCAGUAAUGUUAAAAAAAACUACUUUGAAUUUAUAUAUCCAACAUUUCUUAGAUGCAAGAAAAGUUAGACCUUCAUCUAGCUUAAAUUAUAAACAAAACCAGAACUUAUGUGACAAGUGCAUUUGUGAAAUGUUAAAUACUUAAACUUAAAAACAAAAGAAUCCGGACGGGGUGUAAUGAUUCUUGCUGACAUCGGCAAGCUAGCAUGUUUUAUUAUAUUUAUAUGCUGCUUUUGCCCACUGCCUGUAUUAUAAUAUUUUAAAAAAUAAUAAAUUGGUGACGUCCUCUAUGCCUGAUCUCUUUGGAAAAUGAUUAUAGUCUGAAGCAACCAAGAAGUUUAUAGAAAUUUCAUGUGGGAGAUACUACAAAAAGUGUGAAUUUGUUGGGUUUUUUUUGGUCUAAAAUACAAGUCUGGUUGACUUUAAUCAAAUGAUUUAUAAAAACAGACUUAUUUAGAAGUUUAAAUCUAGGGGCUCGUUGCUCUUAACAAUAUUUAUUAAUAGUUAUACUUCCUGGCACUUUGCACCAUAUAAAGCUGUAUGCACAAGUUUAAAAGUAAAGGGGACUCUGUAAGCCUAAUGCAGACCAAUGUGAACAUUAGGGGAGAGGGUUUGGAAAAUAUUUUUUGUGGACAUCCUUAAUGAACAAGUCGACUAGAAUGUCAGCCUUUUAUAUUUUAGCUUCUUACAGGACUCUUUCCCUAAACUUAAGCAAAGCAGAUGUACAUUCAUUAAACCCUAGAAAUAACCUGCCAAACAAUGGCAGCAGCGAUGCAUGAUCUCCCAUCUACUUAAGUCUAAAGUUGCUUGACAAUACAUGCAUUCAAGUAACGCACUUAAAAAGAAUUAUGAUUAGUGCUAACUUCUGGGAAUUUUAUUUUGCUGGUCUAUUGAACACAUAGAGUUACAGCCAUAAAUACAUGCAUACAUACCUAGAGUAUUAUUAUACAUUGUAGUAGGUUGUCCAAACUGAAAUUUUCUAUACAUAGCAGAAAUUUCACCUUAUAAUAGAACUUUUUAUUCUAAGAUAUAGGCCAC